AAAAAAUACAAUAAUAAAAUGUAUUCUCAAGCGACAGAAAAAUUCAGAUCAAAAUCCCUAGAUUCCUAGUUAAUUUUAAGUAAAGAGUAUAUGAAGUGUCAAUCAUUAUCAGUGCGGUAUAGUAGUCGUGCGUGUAAACAUGUCACGAACAGGCACGAAACUUGAUUCAAAAAAAGUUAAUUCUGAGUUAUUCACAUUGACAUAUGGUGCACUGGUGGCCCAAUUACUAAAGGAUUAUGAAAAUGUGGAAGAUGUCAAUAAGCAGUUGGAAAGGAUGGGCUACAAUAUGGGAAUUCGCUUGAUAGAAGACUUUUUAGCACGUACUGGAUCUGGUCGGUGUUAUGAUUUUCGAGAUACUGCCGAGAAAAUACAGACAGGCUUUAAAAUAUUUUUGGGCAUAACACCAACAAUUUCCAAUUGGAGUGCAGCUGGCGAUGAAUUCUCUUUAUGUUUUGAAGCAAAUCCGUUAACAGAAUUUGUUGAAUUACCAGACCAUUGUUUAAAUUUAAAGUACUGUAACAUACUGAUUGGGAUAUUAAGAGGAGCUUGUGAAAUGGUACAAAUGGAAAUUGCUUGCUGGUUUGUACAGGACCAACUUAAAAAUGAUAAUAUAACUGAAUUACGUGUAAAAUUUAUUAAACGAUUAGAAGAUGCUAUUCCAGCAGGUGAAGAUUAAAUAAGUUUCUUGUUAGAGGUACAUAUAAUUCCAAGACAAAAAUACAAUAUAUAGAAUUAUAAUUCUCAUAGACAUUUUGAUGUUU